AUGAGAUCAUUGGAGGUGUAUCAAGAACGAGAAUGCCUUUGGAACCACAAAAGCGAAUCAUACAAAGACACAAAUUUGAUAGAUGCUGGAUUAAUUGAAAUAGUAAACAUACUGAAAUCACUUAAGACUGGUGCGUCUACAGACGGUGUUUAUAGACCCAGCCUUGCUUGGUUUGAAGCUGCAGACCGGUUCUUAAAACAUGUAGUCGAGACAAGAGAGACGAGAAACACUUUGGUAAACGCAGACCCGAGUCGUUUCAGCUGAGACAGGUGACGUCAUUUUGCAAACUGCGCAAUUA